AUGGAAGAAAAGAGAAACAUAGUCAUUGUCGGAGGCGGCAUCAUCGGCUGUACAACCGCCUACUAUCUGACCCGCCACCCAAAGUUCAACCCUGCUCUGCACACCAUCACCCUUCUAGAAGCCGCUCCGUCUGUGGCAACUGGUGCUUCGGGCAAGGCAGGCGGCCUUCUUGGGCUCUGGGCCUACCCGGCGUCUCUUGUUCCGCUGUCCUACGGGCUUCAUGCAGAGCUUGCCGCUGAACACGAUGGAGCCAGCCGCUGGGGCUACCGUAAGCUGAAAUGCGGCAGCAUCGAGGCCGUAGUUACGAAAAAGAAGCUUGGCGAGCUCCAGAAAUCUGCAGAUGAACAUGGCAAAGAAUGGGAGAAGCUUCCAAAGCAGGAUGAGGCCGCCAUGGAGCUGCUCCAGGACGAAGAAAUGCCCGCAGACUUGGACUGGAUAGACAGAGAAGUGGUCCGGGGGUGGGCUGAGAUGGGGUCUCCGGGAGCUACAGAGACUGCUCAGGUUCAUCCGUAUCACUUCACAACGUCAAUUGCAGAGCUGGCUCAGAAGGGGGGUGCUACCAUUAAGACGAAUAUAAAGGUGACAACACUCAUCACCACAAAAACUAGCGUCGAAGGAGUCGAGAUUCUGGACCGGACAACCAAUGAAGCUGGCAAGAUUACAGAUGUCACCGAUAUCAUUGUCGCAGCUGGUCCGUGGACUGGUCGAGUGCUUCCCCGAUCCAAGGUCGAAGGCUUGAGGGCGCAUAGCGUCGUCUAUGAUGUCAACGUCAGUGCGUAUGCCGUGUUCACAGAUAUUGAACUGCCGCCAGACUUUAUCCCCGAGCAUCGGGCAAAGUUGGGACAGAAGAGACAACACAAGGGUAGAGUAGAUCCCGAGAUCUACGCCAGACCCUUUGGUGAGGCAUAUGCUUGUGGUGAGCCAGACAGCGUCGUGCUGCUGCCAGAAACGGCCGACCUGGUUCAAUUCGAUGAGGCCUACUGUGACGAUAUCAUCUCUUAUUUCGCAACAGUGAGUCCCGUACUAGCGGCCGCGCCUAUCAAGGCCAAACAAGCCUGCUACUUGCCUCGACACAUUCGGUUUGGACAAGAGAGCGGGCCUCUCAUAGGGCCAACAGUGACUCCCGGCCUAUGGGUUGCUGCCGGUCACACUUGCUGGGGGAUUCAGAAUGGUCCGGGAACCGGGAAGCUAAUGUCUGAGUACAUAUUUGAUGGCGAGGCCAAAAGUGCCAAUGUUGCCAGCUUGGAUCCACGAAAGUUCAAGGUCUGA